UGAUUGUUCCAACCCAUCUCCAAUUAAGGUAAUAGCCGUAAACCUCAUGAAUUUUGAGUAUAGUGGAGACAUCAUGAAGAUCACUGUAUUUGUUGCUCCUUGUCUGGUAAAGAUCUACUUCAAUUUCAAUUCAAUUCAUGUAAUAGACAUGCCAAAUGCACUAUCCUACUGUGCAACAUUUCCAACUUUACAUACUCUAAUCCUGCAUCUGGACCCUUGGAAGGAAAAAAGAUUGCCACAGAGCAUGGACUCGCUCAGAAAUCUGAAGCAACUAGAGCUAUUUUAUAUCAGAGCAAUUAAGGAAGAGGAUCUGUUGUGGGUAUUGACAUAUCUAAAUGCUUGUCCACUUCUGGAGAAACUUGAUAUAACGCUGAGCGGUGAAGAAUUCCACAAAAAUCAAAGAGAGAUGCGGAAUAUCUAUGGAUGCACAUAUAGCAGACUCAAAAAGGUUCGGAUGAAUGGAUUUAAUGGUAACUGGUUCGAAAUGGAGUUGAUAACGCAUAUACUGAAAAGUGCAACAUCCCUUGAUCAAGUUGUUAUCAAUCCCUUGGCUCUUUUUUAUCUCGGAGGUGGAGAAUGGAGUCGUUUUACACCAGAUGAAUCCUGGUAUGAAUCACGACGAGAUGUUGUUAGAAAAUCACUUCAGGAAAAUGCUUUAGUUGGUGUUCAUCUUGUAGUCUUGUGAUGCCAUUUUCAAUUUCUUCUCUCUUUUUUUCUUGAGUUUUAGUAAUUACUCGUGUCAACAAACUUGGAAGUGAGGGCCUUUUGCUCUUAUUUGUUUUGAAUUAGUCCCAAAGGAAUAAUUGCCAUCA